AUGACUACACCCGCUGAACGGGCACAAUUGCUCACACCCGCCGCCGUCCAGGCCGCAUACGGUCUGAUUCAGCCAUAUGUGCACCGCACCCCAUUGCUAACAUGCAAGACUCUCGACUCCAUCGCUUCAACCCCGCAAUCCUCCGAAUCCCUCGUCGGCACUCCAUUUGAGGGUCAAACACCCGCCCGUCCAAAGUUCCGCCUUUUCUUCAAGUGCGAGAACCUACAGCGAAUCGGUGCCUUCAAGGCUCGGGGAAACCAUGCACAAGCCCUCGCUCUCGCCGCCUCAACCCUCCACAUCCCCGCCCACAUCGUGAUGCCGAGUAUCAGUACUUCGUCCAAGAUCGCCGGCACCCGCUCUUACGGCGCAGAAGUCAUUUUCAGUGGCUCAACAAGCGUGGAGCGAGAAGCCGUCGUUGCAGAGGUACAAGCCAAGACAGGUGCCAUUCUGAUCCCACCGUACGACGACUUCAAUAUCAUCUGCGGACAGGGCACAACGGCGUUGGAGCUAGAAGCACAAUACACGGAACAAGUCCGAUCAGGGACUCUCGAUGCUGUGAUCACGCCUGUUGGUGGCGGCGGUCUCAAUUCGGGCGUGGCCACCUUCUUCUCCGACAAGUCGACUCGCGUCUUUGGCGCGGAGCCUGCCUUUGAAGGGGCGGAUGACUGUCGGCGUGGACUGCAGGCUGGAGAGCGUGUGCCCAAGGUUUCGACCCUGACGAUUGCCGAUGGGCUGCGGACGCCGGUUGGAUUGCUCAAUUGGGAGGUCAUCUCCAAUAAGCGUAAGGUGGAGGGUGUGUUCGCUGUCACGGAAGAGCAAAUCAAGGCAACCAUGCGCCUGGUGCUGGAGCGCAUGAAGGUCGUGGUGGAACCGAGUGCCGUCGUUGGACUGGCGGUUUGUCUUUUCGAUGAAGAUUUCCGGAAGCGUGUCGAACAAGAGGGCGGCGAGACGGGCUGGGACGUGGCAGUCGUGUUCAGCGGAGGUAAUACAACUGUAGAAGCUAUUGCCAAGUUGUUCGGCUAA